AUGAUAGCCGCAUCUGCUGCAGUACGAGCUCACCAUGUGAGAGAACAUGAAAAACACUCUAGAGAAGAAGCGCUCAGGCGCUCUCAAUUAAUUCAUGGCGAUGGAGAUGGUCAGGAUCUUCAAGCCGCCGAAGAACCCUAUAAACCACUGGCGGCGCACUAUUUACUAGUACCGUUUAAGGAUUGCGAUUACGAACCCCAAGAUGGACAAGUAAGUUAUGUUCAAUAUCACUUCGGUUCGUCACCUGGCACUCAUUCCCGAAUACGUUUGAUUAUUGAAUCAAUCUGGCCUUCUCCAGACGUAAACCUUUGCCGGGGCGGUUGGCUUUUUAGCCAGCUCUCUGUUAGCGUUCGAAGUUAUUCGACACUACAACAGAUUUUUGGCUAGCGGCUACACCGGAUUUGUUUUGGAUAAUUUGUCCGGCUUUCUUUAGAGUGAAGUUUAACGGUUUUCGAGCGAAUUUUCUCUUCCUUAUGUGAUGUUUUUAUCCGUGAAAAUCGGCAAGGAAACUCUACACAUACACCUUAAGCAUGCGUAAAUAUUUAAAUAUUAUGCGAGCCGAGUCGCUGAGUAGUGUGUGUAUUUUCCCUUAUAUUUCGACGGCUGAUCCUCGUACUUUCGCGAAAAGCAGUGCUCAGAAUUUGAUUCCUCGUCUUCCGCAUGCAACGUAACCGUUGAAAUCGUCGGUUGAAAUGACUCUUUCUUACUGGAAUUUGAUAGUAGAAAAUAUUCGAAUUAAUUAUGACUUCCUCAUUGCGAGUCAGCCAAAAACCGAUUGUCGCUUUUGGAAUAAUGUAGAUAUUCCCCUUAUAGACCACGUUAAAAAAAUUGGAGAAAACCUCGCUUUGAAAUUCGCAACAUUUACUAGCGAGCCAGUAAGUUUCGUUCUUCCUUUAUUUUGUGUGUAAUUGAGUAAGUGGAUAUAUCGUCCAUUCCGAAAUCGCUUUCUUAGACAACUCAGUGUCGUUCGUUUUCAAAAAAAUGAAUUAUAUCCGAUUGCGACUAAUUCGUUUUUCAAUUUAAAUACUGCUGUGACAGAAAGAGAAGGAGUAAAGUAAAUUUCGACGGUAAAUUUUAUUUUGUAGUGAUUAUAUUGAAGCUGAAGUGUAUCGAACGGCGAGCGCUUCAUGUCUGCUGUAAAUAAAGCCCUUCCGUUGAUGUUCCGUUGAUCUUCGCAGGCAAACAAUAUCGUGAAUUAAAUGCGUUUCUUUCUUCAAAUGUCAUUCGGCAAUGGAAAAGUCAAAUACGACUUCUUUGCUGUCGAAUUUCGAUAGCAUUUCCUUUAUUUUUCAUCUCGGUUAGCUUUUCAAUGCUUAAACUUGGAAAUUAUUCGCAAAUUUUAAGAAUAUUGUGAAUUAUAUUCUAAACAUUGAACUCAGCGAUCGAAAAUUUGCAGGAAAAUCGACGGUAGAAGCUGUACUUUUGCCUUUGAGAAAUCUAAAUCACUUUGUAUCUCGUUUGUGUUAUUUUUUAAUCAAAAGUCAUUCGUGUUUUCGUUAGUUCAAGGAAAGGCGGACUUGCGUUUUGACUUUAUGAUAGGACUAAGGAGUAAUAACUUUUUCGUUAAAUUUUCGCACACUUGGGCGAAUGAUUGUUGAAUAUGCGUAGAAUUUCUUGGCUACGCUGUAAAUACUUUUAGGCGAGAUUCGGAACCGCAGCUUCGAUGAAUAUUAAUAGUUUCUUUAUCAAGAAAAUGACAGUUCUUUUAAUCUAUCGCAAAGUAAGCUUCUCAGCUUUACUUUAACAACGAAGAUGAACAUAAACCCGAAAGCGUGUCGACAGUGACGAAAAACAAACUUCAUUCUUUAUUCUUGUUUGCAAGAGAAAUGACGAAGACUCGCAUUUUGCACAGAUUUUUUUGUACGUCCGUUCUGAACUUGAUUUCGGCAUGUUACAUUUGUAUUCCAGCAACCUGCUUGCCUAUAAAUAAAACAAGAACUUACGGAAGACCGCAAAAUUGGGAGGGGUUUUAAAGAGACUCGAAAAAGCAUCUGAUGAUGAAACAAUAUUGUUUAGACAGGAGAAUUGCCGUGAAUUUACAGCUUACAGAUAGCGACGACUCUGCCAAUCGGACAAAGUGAUGUCCAAUACAUUCCUUUGAACUUCGUUCAAUUUUUUUUGUGUAAAUAUACUUGUCACACAUUCUAUAAUCCUACAGGCACCCGUUCACUUUAAUCGUUUUCCGUUUCUUGAAUAGAGCCUGCUCUUGUUCGUUUUUCGCAAACAUUUCUUUUGUAAGCCAUGUUAUUUAAGUUCAGGGCGGCAAGGAGAUGGGUCUUUCACAACUCUCGAUGCCACUGUAAAUGAAAUAUUAAUAGUGUAAAUUUUGCCCUUCAAAGAAUUGAUUUACAUACUUUCAAUAAUUUAUCAAAAGCUUUUGUUUGGGCCCUUUCCCCCAUUUGUUAAGUUGAUAAAAUAUUUAAAUUUCGUUGCUUCGGCGAGUGACAGCCUAAUACCUUGUUUACCUAACUGAAAAUUGUAGCUGUCUUAAGGAUUUCCAUACCUUUUUCCAUUUAAUGAGAACUGCAGAGACAUUCAGCGUCAAUUCACUAGUUUUUUUUCGUUGUUUUGUUUAAACUGAUCGAGUAUCGUUUUUUUAUUGCACUGUUUUUUUUAGACUAUGACCGUCCAAUUAGAAUGAAAUUGAACCACAUCGCCUGAAACUCUCGUAAAUUCUAUGUUGCAGUGAGCACUCGAAUCAAAGGCGAAUAAUUCAAUUUCAGUGAUACGAUCGGCGGAAUAAUUUUUUUCUUUGGUUUCGAUAUUGAGUUUACGGAGCUAUUGUUCGCUUGUGUACAGUUUCUCCUAGACGAACAGUAGGAAUUGCCAAGCGAAUGCAAAAACUUACGCUCAUCUCAAGUUGUCUUCUCUUUUGUGCGAGUUUUGAAUCCUGUUAUUUCUACCCGCGGGAGUUUCAAAACAUGUUAUUGUGAAGGGGGUACUGAUUUGUGAUUUUCGCUCAAAAGUCAUGUUUAAGGCUUCAAAAUGUUGAUAGUUUUGUAGGAAAGAGACUCUCUUGAUUAGCAUGACUCCCUCUCCGUGAAAAAAAGACAUGAACAGGGAGUGUUUCAAAGUAGUUAACUUAAAUCCUCCACCUCUAACCAGCAGGAAUUUGAAACUGUUUUCGUUUGGUUGUUACCCGCGCGAGAAAGCUUUGUCCGCUAUUUUGACCAAAACAAAGCUGUCCAUGACAAAAGAGUCUCUUUCAUAGUACGCGACCCCCUGUUGGUUGCAAAUCUAGGGGUUGAAUAAGAAAUAGAGUAAUAUUUAGGGCCCCCGUCGAGAAGGGAACGACAACAUCGAAGACGACAGAUGUUUUAAUACUCACGCUAUGUUCUUAAUAUUCUCAAACUGAGAAAGAUGUUAUGUGGCUAACUCCACGUAGAAUUCAAUACAGCUAAGAAUAGGCUUGUUUUGUUACCCAGGCGAAUAAACAACUUCUCUUAGCCAAGACUUUAUCGAGAAAUCUUCCCUGAGAGUAUCCCUCUUCGGCCGGUUGCCUUAGCAGAAGCGUUAGUCGCGGAGGUUCGCGCGGUUUUUUAGCAAUUUAUUUUGACGAGACUUGGACGUAAUCAGUACGAUGAAAUUAAAUGAGGUACAGCUCCUCUGCGGGAAAGAAAAAAUAUCUUAAAGUGUUUGUGUGAAGUUGAUCAACACACUUUCGUUUAUGAUUUUCUCACUCCACGAAACGCACUAGUUGCAAGAAUGCAAUUUUAAAACUUCUGUUUAUCUGGUGCACUCGUUCACAAAAGCGACAAAAGAUUGAAAUAAACAUUUUGCAGAAGACAUUCAAAUUUAGUUACAUUGCGAAACUGGGGUCUAAUUUCGUAUUAGUUGAAUUAAAAAAAUUAUCCUUUUGUUCAACUAUUUUCUUAUUUAUUAGAAAUUAAAAGUAGCGCUCUUGCUAUUUGUCCAAAAUUUAUCAAUUACCUUCUUGAUUUUCGUUUUGGAGACACAUACCCGCGGCAUAAUAAGUAAAUUCACUUUUUAAUUGAAUGUACAAUAUCAGUACUAGUGACAUGAUAUUCUUCUUGUCUAAAUUUUCGAGAUGAGAUACUUAUCAGCCAAUCGUCAGCUCUGCCGAAAAGAGAGCUAAUACCGCGCUCACCCUUCGCUAAAAGUAAGCCCACCGAAAUCGCCAAUAAAUGAGGCGCUCUAUUUUUAUUUGGUGUCGUUCGUGAAGAUUUGAUUCGACUUCCGAUUAAUGGCUAGAUAGCUUCCGAAAUUGCCGUGAACUUGCAAAUUGACAUCGAGUGUUGAUGAAUUCGGAAACACUCUUUGGUCAUCUUACAUACAUUUUCUUGUUAUUCUAUUUCCGUCCACCGAUAUGUUUGUAAAUUGCGCCGGAAUAUUUAUCUUUAUUACAACAAAAUAGCUUACAUUGCCUUUAUCCAUGUUACAAGCUUUCAAAAGAUUACAGCAAAACCUUUCCGUUCACCAAUUCAGGAACCGCAAUCAAUACAUUCUAUUGCAAAGUAAGUCAGUUGACAUUCUUAGUGGCCGCUGCGCCCAUAAAAUAUUGUCUUUCCCGUUCACGUUUCAACCAACCUUGGCAAUCUGUAGACAUUUCCUUUCAAAACUGUCCAUUAAAAGCUGCCCCCAAGCGUUCGUAUGUAUUUUAGAAUAACUUUCAUUCUGCCGGAUAUAUGUAUAUAUGUAGCUAAACUAUAACCACCUCGUAAAAGUAACACUGGAAAUUUAAUUCUUUUACCAGAGGGCAAAUUUAUGGUAUGAUUGACGCUAUAAAUUCUCAUUACCGAAUGGUAGAAUGUAUACUCCUGAUUACAUGACCGCGGAUUAUCUCCUAUCAAAGUCAAUUCAGGUAUUCUUUGUGUCAGAAGUGAAGUUUAUUUUCAUGUUAUUCUUCUGUGUUUUCUUAUUUUUCAGACGUUCCUUAUUGUUGCGAACAAGUUUGGUAAACAGUAUGUGUAUCGUUUCCAUGCCUCAGACUCACUUUAUCUCUUCAGCCCUCGCAACAGGAUUCGAAGAUUUGUCCUCUUUUUAAUAACUCAUCAAUAUCCUUUUUAUUACAUUUCAAUUUGCGAACAUAUAGUUACGUUAAUUGUAUUAUUUUUUUUUAAUCAUUUAGGGCCGCGAAACCUGCUUGUACAGGCGUUUUUGAAUGUUUUUGUUUGUAAUAUCCCUCUAAGUGUUUGUUGUUAAUAAUUUGUUUGUUUGUUUGUUUUUAUGUAUAAUUAUUUUGUAAAUAUCAUUAUUUUUCCAUAAUUGUUUUUGUGCGACAUGUACCUGUUAUCCUGUGUUUUAAAUUUCCGUGAUCACUUGCAGGCUUUUUCUUUGUCGUUUGAGCGUGUUUCUGUGUAGUUUGAACAUCCCUCGGUACCUUGCUAAAAACCAAUAUUUUUCGAUUUUCUCUUGGUUUGUCAUAUUCCUUAACUAACUCUCAGAUAUUUUGAACUCAUUAUUUUGUUGACAAUUUUAACAAACUGUGUAUUCCUAGCAAUGAGCAAUCCACCGGAUGAGGCUGAGUAAGUACUAUAUUUCUAUCUUGUUUAAUAGUUUAAAAUCAAAAUUCCUUCGCAGAAAAAACUUAAAAAAUAAUAAUAAUCUUUCACAAAAGUUUUGGUUGGUUAUGAGAAUAUUUUAACAGAAUGAACCAAACUCUUAUCUAGUUCGACUGAAAAGCGCCUCGCUUGUUCUAAUUGGUUUAAAUGUUUAACUUUCAGUAACGUUCUGGUAGAUUAAGGUUAUAGCGAGGCGUGGAACUUAAACAUUUCUUUAAGGAUAUCACGUAGUCACACGGGGAUACGAAUUUUAAUGUUGAUUGAUUGCUAAUGGUAUCCUUCAAAAGUGAACACAGCGAAGGAGUGAGGCAUGCCACUAGCACAACAAGGUGAAAUUCAUAUCACCGAGUGGCCGUGUAAUGUUCCGUUUACUUUAUAGAUGGCAUUGAAAUAUUAAAGACAAAAGUCGUAUUAACUAGAAGACACAUUUCAAGUGCACGGAAUGUUAAAAUCACCUGCACAAAAUUUGCGCCCGGAAAUAUUAUUCUAUCUCUGACAUACGAAGAGAAAUUAAUUUCCUCGUCGGGAAGUUUUAUUUGAGUCACAAAGGCGCCAAUUCAUUCUCAAUAAUGUUUUUAAGCACAAAAAAGAACUUUUUAAUUACCUCAAACGUCUUGUUGGUAUGCGUGGUAACCAUGACGACUUGUAAAAUAUAAAAUUAGUACCUUCACAGCGUGCAUCAAAGAUAUCGUAUUUAAGACAGAAGAAAUCCUUAUAUUUCAGUAAUAUCUGUCUAAUAAUUUUGGGUUCUUUGCGGUUUUUACAUUUUUCAAAUUUUAUUAAGUGUUGCCUGGUAACAGUCCUCUCGGAUUAAAACUUUUUGGCAACUUCAGCUGUACAUUUGUACUUGGAUCAUUAUGGGGAGAAUUUUCAAUUUAUUGCCGUUGAUAAGCUGGUUAAGUUUAUCCUUUGAUGAAAUUGCUCAUUUCGUCGUUAAGACGACAGUGAGGUUUUAUUGGAGUUCUGUUGAAACGGGAAAGGUUUUAAAGCAAUGUGUUCUUUUGUAUUUUUAUUUUAGUAGCCAAUAAAUCAUGCGAAUGUCAAACAAAGGUUUUAAAUGGUGAAACCCCUUAUAGCAAAAAGCUGAAAUUUGGCGGUCAACGUUCUUGUGUAAAGGCUAUUUUUUCGUUUGAUAUGCAGACGAAUAUUUGUGUAUCUUGUGGCUGGUCGUUGCUAACCGUUGCUGAAUAAAUACCCUUCUCUCGUGAUGUAAAAUUACGAUGCUACCAAGUUUAACACGUAAUGUUUAUCUCGUAGAAAACGUAGGCGGUGGUUGCUAUGAUGAUAGAAUUGUUUCCCAAUAAUGGAUAGGCUUAAGUUUACCACAGACGUGAUUAACAUUUAUUAGAGUGAAUUGUCUCCAUUUUGCCUUGACUGCAACAACUACAGAUAGAACAUCCAUCGACGAAGAAAACGAUUUGGAUUGUCGAAAUUUAAUGUAACUUAAAACUUGCAAGUACAACUUGGAAACAAAAUUGAAAAGACUGACGUCAAAAAAUUGACGAUAUUAAACUGAUGUAUGUGGAGGUCCAUUUCUUUAUUACAAUCUAUUUAUUUAUUUAUUUACUUUGCAACGGAAAGGACAAGCUUAAAGAAUCUCUUUCCUCUUCUCCUUCGUGCAAAAUAACACAUUGUGUGUGAUCUGUGGCCAAUUCCGUUAAUUCUAGUACGCUUUUGCUCUUUACUAGAAAUAUAGAUUUACACUCUAAAAUAUUUGUCAAGAUGCUAAUAUGGGAACUGCUUUUUUUUUUAACAGAUAUGUUUUUGCUGCUAUUUACACUGUGGAGAUGUUCCUUAAGAUCAUCGGCCGUGGAUUUGCUCUUCAUAAAUACGCGUAUCUUAGAAAUGCGUGGAAUUGGUUAGACUUUCUAGUAGUAAUUUUAGGGUAAGUCAGUGAGGUUUUCUUUGUAAUAAUCUGUAAGCUUUACCAUCCAAUCAGAACUGUUUGGUAUCAUAGUAUCAGUGACAAAGUACUGAUGGGGGGGGGGGGAGUCGGAGGAUUUUUUGCGGGGAUCACAUGGUUUUCAAGGGGACUGGGGGUUCAGUCGUCGCCAACAGAGUACACAGAGGGAGUCUAAAAAAAUUGACGUUGGGGGUGGGGGUGGGGGUGGGGGUGGGGGAGAGGGAGAGAGUUAUAAGAAUGUUAGAGAGCCUUAAAGGACGAUCAGGUAAGUUUGAUCGUGACACAUACCAAAUCCUCCAUACCUUCCCCCCCCGCCGCUGAGGCGAUGAAUAAUGACGGGGGGCCUAAGGAUGUUUAUUAUAUUGUUUGCACUUAUUUGUGUCGCUUUGUCUGAAAUACGUUGCUUGUUGUUCUUGUGAGUUGAAAAUUGUUUUCGGUUUCACGCUGUCAUAGCAGUCUAUUUUUAGCUGGUUUAACUUUCUGUUAUUUUAAACACAGUUUUUAGCCAAUGAAGCAAUCGUCAGGGCUGUCUAUUAUUUAUGACCUGAAAAUCUCCAGCAUUGUGUCACAGUGCAGAAUUAUCUCGCAUUCCUAUGAUUACUCUAAUUCUGUCACUAACGAAAACCAAGCUAAUAUUUCAUGAAUUUUGAACAUUAAAUAAUCUCGAUGACUCUUAAAAAUGAUUUAAUUUUUUUCGUCUUGAUGCUUUGUUGAACAAAGACCAGAAAACUUAAAGUUUCAAAAUUGCUUCUGUUCCAUCAACUUCAUUGUUACUAUUUUCUGGAAUUAUCGCCGCGCAGUAGACGAAGGUACUAGACUUUGUCGUUGUCAUGGCGACAAUCACCUUUGCUUUGAUUAACAGUAUUCAGUUAUUUUAAGUCAGCAUUGUACUUAAAACAUUUUGCUCUCGUAGAAUUAAAAACAUUGGAGCUAUUUUUGGCCGCUGGCGUAAGUCACGUUUCGAUCGCGUGCUUCAGCUAAUAUAUCACGAGCGCUAUUUGGUAACAGAGUUUAUAACAUAGCUAGUAAAUUUGUCUAAUCAAAUUCAAUUGUGCGAGGGUGCUUCAUAUUCCUAUUGUGCACGCUCAUGACGUCAGCAAACAAAUCCCUCGAGAAAAAAAUUUUCCAGCGGGUUGAAAAUGUUAUAAAACAAUUGGUUCAUGCGUCAGCUUGGGUUCGUUGAGAUAUGAAGCACUUGGGAAGUUUUCUUACGCAUCUUUCGUGCUUACAAAACUUCCCGCGUGCUUCAUAUCUCGAUGAACGCACGCUGACGUAUGAACCAAUUGUUAAUUGAUUGCAUGUUAUGUAAUGAUAACUAUGUUAUCAAAUCACGCGCGGAUUACAUCAGCUAAAGCACGUGAUCAAAACUUGACCUAAGCCAGCAGCCAAAAAUAGUUUCAACUCUUUUCUCGAAAGAACCGGUGACUUUACGGGCUCGAAAACCUGAUUUUUGUUCGCCUUAUUUCGUUUAAAUUAAAAAACCUUAUUAUCAUUAAGCAAAACGAAAUGAACUGGUUUAUGAUCUAAGGCACGCACCUUUGAAUUAGAUUUGAAAAUGUUACUUUGGUCCCCUAAAGUUAGUGGGACUUUCGAGAAGUGGCCUCAGGUUUGAGAAUAUACAAGACAGUUCCUAAAGGGUAAAUUGAAAAGAAAAGGUGCUUCAAUCGCUUGGACAAAGAAGAAGAUUGCAUUGUGAAAGGAAAGGAUUGUAUUGUUCUGACGACAAGGUCUCACUCUUAACCCUUUUGUUCUGCUAUUUUCUGCAGAUAUAUAACAAUGCUUCCAGGAGUAGAAAAUUUAUCAGGAAUUAGAACUUUCAGAGUUCUUAGAGCUUUGAGGACAAUAUCAGCAGUUAAAGGUAGAGAAACGUUCGCUAUUUGUGUAUUUUAAAAAAGCAAACUUUGUGCCGAAGAGUUGUUGCGCGAGAAUAGCCAAGUUGCGCUGCAUUACUGAGCCUUUGAAUAAGGCUGAGGGUAAGGUUAACUUUGUUAUGAUGCGUAGCCUUCCUAGGGUCUCGUAUCUAUCAUAUCAAAGGUCACCCACAGCCUUCGUUCUUGACUACUAAGCACGCGACCGUUAAAAGGACGUUUGUGUUAGCAGAUAUCUGACUCAUGAAUAUCUCAAGGCGUUUGACAUUUGACGAAACUAGCGUCUAGACCGAUCAAUUUAAAAAUCAAGUCGAUUUUUUUUUUGAGACUUCCUCGCAUUUUUUCCAAAAAUCUUCAUCAGGAUAGUGGACUCAAGAUAUGAAUUGACUAUUUUGGCUUUAAAAAAAUGCUCCACUUUUGUGGAGCUGUGUGAUCGACCAAUUCUUACCAGGCGUUCUUAUUUUUUUGUAGAGAAAGAGAUUCAGGUUUGUUCGAAAACUGAAAAAGUGUUUGUAACACCGUUUGAUUUUUACUGGUUCCCUUGAUACGUUUUGAACAAUAUAGAUUAAUCUGAUAUACACUUUUUAAUUCAUUUUCUCUUUCUGUUUGUUACAGGUUUAAAAGCCAUGGUUAACACGCUAUUGAAAUCAAUUAGGAUGCUUUCUGAUGUGCUAAUUCUUACUACUUUCUUCUUAUGCGUCUUUGCACUCAUCGGCCUUCAACUUUUCGUGGGUAUCAUGCAGUGGAAGUGUGUUCUUAACCCCCCUAAUGGCUGGCCGCAGAACCCGGACGAUUUUUCUAAUUACUUGAAAAAUGAAAGUAAGGCUCGAUUUUCUGUGAAGCAGUAAAUGUUCUAGAUUUACAAUAAUUCAAAGCGAAGUUAACGUGCCGUCGUGUUAACUAAAAGUGCCUUUAAAAUGCUUUCUGCCUCGGCCGAGCAGUAUUCACUUAUUUGGCCCGAUAUGUGAUGAUAACUUGUCAGAUGAGAAACGAGUCGACCUAGUCUUAGUUAGGAAACUGAUGACCUCCACAGUGACGAUACAACGGUACGAAAACAUCAUCAAACGAACGAUCUAAAGAAAGUACAAUCCUGGAAAAAAAAAUUGUGGUGCAGUUUCCUUAAAGCUAGAGAAAUCACACAGGCUUGUCAAAGCUUCAGCGAAAAAUCAUCUUAAAGAGCAGAUGUCAGACAGACGGCAUAUUCUGACAAUAUGCGCAAAUUGGGGGGAAAAUUCACCAAAAUGUUUAAUUUUGGUCUAAGACUUGCAAAUGUGUCUUCACAACCCCAUCGUCCCAUCCCCCCCUUAAAAUGUUGGAUACUUGUAGACUGAAGAUCAAUGGUCAGUGAAGGGCAAAACACUACGAACGGCGAAAUCUCCAACCCUUGUGACCAAGUUUGAGGGUCCUGCCAUGCCAAGUGUAACAGGCAAAAAAGGUGCAUGAAUGAGUCCCUUUAUGUCGGAGAAACCUGCUUUAACGAUCAUCGAUGUUAGUCAGAUAUGACUUUCUCAGUCUUAUCAAGCCAUUUGUCUCCUAGUAUCUGUUGUAAUCCCCUUAAGGAGACUGGGCGCUCUCUUCCCGGGCAUAUAACGAUGUUUCUGUCUUAUUUUAUUAGGUAACCACUUUGUGUUCAAGGGCGAUGGCAUAGCUGUCUUGUGUGGAAAUACUUCUACCGCCUAGUAAGUCGUUGUUAUCGUGCGUUGCGUUUGUGCUCACCAAACCUGCCUUAGAUUGUGUAACAGGCGCUCGACUGCAUCAAAGCCACGAGCCACGUGUACGCGACAACCGGCGUGAAGAAAAAACACGCGGGAGUGAGAAGUCACGCGACUGUACUUGUUGUUUCCUGCGCGUGAUACUCGCGUUCUCGCACCUGCGACCUUAGCUAACCUUCCAAUUCGACCUGUGUUGCCGAUUUUACCUGACGUUUUUUUUUUAUUAUUUGUGCGCACAGCCGAUGUCCUGAAAACUACACCUGUAUGCCAAACACCGGGGACAAUCCUAUAUCCGAGUAUAUCAGCUAUGACAACUUUGGAUGGUCUUUGCUUACAUCUCUUCAGUUGGUUACAAUGGAUUACUGGGAAAGCAUUUAUAACAGCGUGAGUAAACGUUUUGUGAGGUGGAGCGGGUCUUCAUCUCGUUUUGGACGUAGGAAUAAUCUUGUUGAUUGUGCUCUGAUUGGAACUCGUGGGGCGAUUAACGCACUCUUAUUAUUCAACUAUUUGAUAUCUCGCUAGAUGCAUCUCCUAGUGGACUUGAUCACCGCUUUUCUAAUUUUUCUUUUGCUGGCCAUUUUCGGCGAAUGCGCGUUAUCGCUACUCCUCUUGGGUGGGAACCAACCUCCCCUCCCUCUUCCCUUCCCUUCCCUAUCAAUUUGUCAGACCCCGUGACAGUUCACCGCUGCCCAUCAACACUCCAAGUUAGAGAGUGGUAUGACGAGAGUUAAGUGUCUUUGUAGAACACAAUGACGUAGCCAGGGCGCAAAUCUGGACCUGUUCUCUUCAGAAGACAGCGGGUCAGCUGCUAGGUCACUCCCCCUUCCACUCACUGCGAACUUCUCUCUUUCGAAUAUGGUGAAUUAGUAACAUUUUCUGUCUAAUUUGCCCCUAAUGCACAUUGUAAAAUAUUCCUAUUCAGGUUAUUGCUACGAAAGGAUCUUGGUAUGUGUUCUAUUUCGUGUUUGUGAUCUUCCUUGGUCCGUUCUACUUGAUCAACCUCGUGUUGGCUGUUGUCUCACUCUCUUACGAACAAGAGACUGCUGCACUGCAAGACGAGACUCUGAGGGUAAGUUAGUAUUGGAACUGUACUCCUGAAGUAUUCCAGCAGCACAGUAAGCCGUGCGAAGUACACAAAUUUACGAAGAGUCAGUGUUGUGUUACAACAGUCGGUUUCACACGACCUUUGUCAAUUUCUAGGUGAUAAUGAACUUAGUAAUGAGAUUAAUUUUCGUAAGCCGCUUACGAAAAUCAAUCUCCCUAAAAUUGAAUCAAUUCAUGUAAAUUACCAAAUGCGGUUUUCAACCUAAAAGCCUGAUUCCCUCUUACAUAUUUAAACAUUCCUGUUAUCUCAUUCGUUUGCAUCUGUCAUCUUUGUCCUUCAGGCGGAAACGUUUGCGAAACUAAAACGUAGCGCGUCCACCUACUCAUUUGACGGACAUAUGGAGCCAGAGCCGUUGUACCAGGAGGAUAGACAGCGCAUUGAGGAGCGCGAGGCUUACAUAACAGCACAUCCAGAGGAAUCAGAACACCCCCCUGAACCAGAGGAACCAGUGGAAUUAACUGUGGAGGUUCCUCGAAGCCCAAGCUGUUGGAGAAAGACACAAAAUAAAGUCUCCUGUGUGGUUAACUCCUCCAUCUUCGAGACUUUCAUCACUCUGUGCAUACUGCUAAAUACUCUAGCAAUGGCGUUGGAACAUUAUAAGAUGGACAAAGUGUUUGCCAAGGUUCUCGAAAACUGCAAUCUGGUUAGUGACUCUUUUUGGUGUACUUUUCAAUCCUUUCUGAUGGCCUUCAGUGGGUGUGUCAAGCGCAGAAGAACCGUAAAGAAGUGUUCUUUGCUUGCUGAACACGACAAGAGUUGAUUAGGACAUCAAACCAAAGGGAUGGAAAAGAAUCAUAUAGGAAUAACAGGGCAUAUAAUUAAUCGACUUAUGUUUAAAAUUAGUUGUCAUAUUGCAAUGUUAAGAAAUUGGCCGUGCCGGAGGCGAGUGAUUUGCAAACUCUAAUCGUUGAUUUUUACACCGGUAAAUCGGUCUGUUGCCUUAAUAGGGGUAAGCGGUUAGGAAAGCUGCCUUUUUUUUCUCUGCUCCUUUUUUUUUUUUUUUUUUUUUUUUUUUUUUUUUCAGACUUGACCGUACUCGGCGUUCAACAGCAUUUUUAUUAUACCUUAUGGAAAUUCCCAUUAAAACAUGAAGUCACGAUUGGGGAAGAUUUGUCUUUUUAUCGUAUUCGUGAUGACUUAAAAUCGCUUUAACCCUUUAACUCCCAUGAGUGACCAAGUCAGAAUUUCUCCUUACAAUAUCAAUACAAUAUCAAGCAGGCAGGUGGUGAGAAUAGAGAAAAAUAUCAGCUUUGGAAUUAUAAGUUGAUCCAAUACCAAAUUCUCCAAACUAAUAUCACAAGAACUGUAUGGGAGAAGUAAAGAGAAUUACUUAUAAGAUCUUGGGAGUUAAAGGGUUAAAUAAAGUUAAAAUAUCAGAUCGUGAAUAUGGUACGGCCAGACAGAGUUUUACCGAAACAUUUGUCGAAGGUAUGAGAAGACUAAGAUAGACCCCUAAUUUUUUCUUUAGGUGUUUACUGUGGUGUUCAUCAUGGAAAUGAUUCUCAAACUGAUUGCUUUCGGUUUAAAAGAGUACUGCAAAAAUAGCUGGAAUCUGUUCGACGGGACGAUUGUUAUUCUGAGUAUCUUGGACAUGGUGCUGACAUACUCUGGUGCCAUCACCGGAGCAGGUCUCAGCGUACUAAGGACAUUCAGAUUGGUAUGUGAUUAUAUAAUUUUAAGGUUUAAGAGGGAAUUUUUUUACUUCUCACGAGUGUGGGACAAAAGCGAACAUCUAGCUUUUUUUUUGUAAGGAUUCAAUCCUCAGACCUUGCGAUUUGUCGGUUCAAUGUUCUACUACCGAACUACCGAGAACUCAAAGAUGAGCUUGGCCAUUACAACUGGUCAUUCUGCGGGUAACUCAAUGAGUUUACCGUCUCUAAUAAGUCCAGACCUCUCCCCCUCCUCCUGCAGCGUAGCAUGUGAAUCCAAAUUUUUAAAAGGCCCAGUGGAAAUGUGAACACUUUACCGUCUGGUUUCCCUGUUUCAAACAACUCAGACGAUGGUCAGGAAAAGUACAAAGUGUGAAAUUGACAUGUGUAGCAAUUAGAUUGUUAAGUUAAGUCUUUUUUUUCACCAAAUUCUCUUUGCCUUGAGUCCUAAAGUCGAAAGCGCACCCUUUUUCGGUGACACGAGCCUGUCACCAAAAAAGUAACCUGAUGGGAAGUUGCUAACCUCGGAUCCUUCAACGUGGUUUUCAAUGUUCAGUUUUAAGAUUUCUUCCAAAACAUUUCCGGUUUUUUCUUCCCAAGUGUACCUAAUGCCUGGAUAGAUUUUCCCCUUAAAAGCUGUAAGAUAACCGGUUCUUUGUAUUUUACUCCGCAGCUUCGAGUGCUGAAGCUCGCCCAGUCGUGGAAAACAAUGGGAGAUCUGCUGAACACGAUAGGAAGCAGUGUGGGACCUGUAGGGAAUAUCACUGUUAUCCUCGCGAUUAUUGUGUACAUGUUUGCGGUGGUCGGAAUGCAGUUGUUUCAGUCUUAUUACAAAGCGGAAAAGUUUAAGGAUGGUAAACUCCCGCGCUGGAAUUUUGAUGAUUUCGGUCAUUCCUUCAUGGUGAUUUUUAGGAUAUUAUGCGGUAAAUGGAUUGAGCCACUGUGGUGGACCAUGAAGGCUACUUCUCCUGCGGCAAUUUUUUUCAUUUUGCCGGCUUUUGUAAUCGGCAAUUUCGUGAUUUUAAAUCUUUUUCUCGCACUCCUGCUGAACUCGUUCAGUGCGGGGGGUGAUGAACCGGAGGACGAAGAGGAAAAAAAGAGGAAGGAAGAAGAGAAGAAGAGGAAGAAAAAGGAGAAAGAAAAGAAGAGGCGACUAAACAUUCUUCGUAUGCUUGGAAGGAAAAACAAAAAUCUGUCGGGAAGUAGGAGCAAAGUUGGACCUGAUGAAGAAGGCGAGGGAACUGAUGUGGAUGCGCACUCACGAACAGUCAGCCCAGCUGACGACGGGUGCAAAAAAGAAGCAGCAAUCAUAUUGUCCAACAAUCCUAAGAAUGGAGAGCAAGAGAAUGGAUAUGAGAUGACUAUGGUAAAUCGAUUACCCAACGGUCAGACGCAACAAGAGAAUUUUAACGGCUUCAAGUACGGCUUUGGUAAGUUCUGUCUUCACCUCUGCUCGUAUUUUCUCUGUUUCUUUUUUCAUGACAAGAAACUUUUUUUUUCCCGUCUUGGUAGACGUGAUAGAAUGAAAGCACCCCAAGCCAGACGACUGAUGUUUUGUGUGUGUGUGUUUACUUCUCAGAUGAAACACCAGGUAAGCCUGUGGCACGCAACACCAAAGUCAACUCCCUGCCGAUUGAAAAUCGCCAUUCGCUGACCACCGCUAUUGAUUUGGAAGACGCCGCAAGGAGGAUACGGGAUUUUCCCGAUCCAAACAAGAGACUUCCCCACGUCAACCGCGUUAAAAGCGACGAUAGACUGGAAACUAGUGAGAACAACCUAAGUAAUGGAGAUCUUGUCGCCAAUGGUUCCGCUCCCGUGGUGAUAAAUGGCAAUUCGCGAAUGUCUGCUGGAUCGUCACAUAAAGAUGUCAGUUUGGGUGACAUAGAGUCACGUAUUCCACCCAACAGCCCAGGCCAUGAAUCGAAGCGUGACACCAUAGUCACGGUAGAUACCGAUGACACGACUCCUUCGGGUGGAGUGCGUCCGUGUUGCCCAACUUUCUGUUACUGUGACAGUGGUUGCUGUGACAACUACAAGGAAUCGUGCAUUCGGAGAAGUUGGCAUGGAUUGCGUUACAAUAUCUGUGCUUUUGUAGAGCAUAAGUACUUUGAGUGGUUUAUCCUCGCCAUGAUAGUGAUCAGUAGUUUAACUCUGGUUAGUUUACCUCACAGUUAUUUUUCCUUUCAAUUUUCUUUACUUUAUCCCUCCUUGAGAUAGUCAGAGUUAUAUGGUUUCAAACUUUUCAACUUAUCUGUUUCGAAAGCGCUGGUUGGUCGAGAAUACAGCUUUCGAGCGCUGGUUGGUUGAGAACAGAAUAGCCUUCGUCAAGCCUUGUAGUUGACUGAUCGGCUUUGAAAACAAAGCAUUGGUAAAUCUCAUUGUGGUACACAAGAGCAUGUAAAAACUUGAAUAUUCUUUUAUUUCAGGUGUUUGAAGACAUUCAUUUGAAAAACAACCCCGUCUUGAGUCAGACGUUAAAAGUGAUGAACUACAUCUUCGCAGUCACCUUUACCGUUGAAAUGCUUCUUAAAAUCGUCGGAAUGGGUUUCGUGGGAUAUUUUUCCAACCUGUGGAACUGUUUGGACAGUUUCAUUGUAGCGGUAGGUCUUGUAUACUCUGAAGUAUGAUGAUGAGUCGUUUAAAGUGUUCUUGUCGCGGAUAAUCUUGUAAUAACCUCUCUUAAUAUUAUUUUGCUUGACAUGCAUCUUUUUGGUUCUUCAUGUUUGAACUUCGAUCUUUUGAAAGGGCGAUGUCGGGUUAGCGUUACUAAAUUUUAAAAAUUGCUAGCUCAAGAGUUUUGCUUGUGGUCAAACCAGCCGUUUUCAAAAUCUGCGUCUUUACGGGUUUUUUAUGUAACCGGCACUGAUAAGAUUAUCUGCGAAUCAGUUUAACUUACAUAGGUUGUCUUGCUCUUUGUUAAGUCUUUUUUUCUUUUUUUUUUUUAAUUACCUGGUAGAUCUCCCUCGCAAGUCUCACCGGAAGUAAGAAUUUACAGUCAUUCAGAUCUCUCAGAGCCCUAAGACCUCUCAGAGCGAUAUCUCGGUUUGAAGGAAUGAAGGUAAGUUGAAACUUUUUGCUUCUCAUGAGUAACGCAUGUAUUGCUACCGUCUUAAGACGUUUUCUUGUUGUUUUGCAAACUAUCCUUGAAGAAGUAGUUGGUUUCGCUAAAUAUAGCGUAACAGAAAGCAAAGAUUAUUGGGUAAUUCUUCAGGUCUUGUUUAUUAAAAAACAUUUCUAGCUUGUCAAUGUUGCUAAGUCGAAACCUUAUGGGUGACAUAGCGUGACACCAGGAUCAAUGCUUGUUUUGUUUUCACAUCUAGCGUGACAAGCUUUGUCGAUCCUUGCAUGACGGAAGUCCUGUUUGUGUUCUGAUUUUAGAUUGUCGUCAAUUCAUUGGUGCAUGCUGUCCCAGCUAUCGUCAACGUGAUGUUGGUGUGUCUUAUAUUCUGGCUAAUCUUCAGCAUUGUCGGCUACCAGUUGUUCAGCGGCAAGUUCUAUAGAUGCUUCAAUAGCGAGACCCUUGAAAAGUACCUGCCAGAAGUGGUCAUGAACAAAUCACAGUGUAACGAGUCAGAGGGCAUGCUCUGGAGGAACGCUAAAAUCAACUUCGAUAGCUCACUGCAAGGAUUCUUGGCUCUCUUUCAAGUUGUACGUAUCAGGAAUUAUUUAUCUAUAGAAAUGACUUUAAUGAAGCACUUUUUAGAAACAUUUUCUCUGUUGGGAGGUAAGGCGUUGGGUUCAUUUCAAACUGCAGUGGAGUUGUUGAGACUUCACAAGAUUCGUAGUGAUUUAGCCAUAAAAGGAGUAUUUACACUAAGCUAUGUUUAUUGCAGGCUACCCUAGAGGGAGUGUUUGAAGUUAUGGACGAUUCUGUGGAUAGUGUUGGAGUAAGUGAAUCAAAACAUCAUCUGUUUUAUUACAAUCCAUGUCAGUGAUAUAUAAAGUAUAGUGGCUCUAUUAAAAAAGAUUCUAUUUGUAAUUUUAGAAGGAAAACCUGACGCUCGCCUGACUCGCUCUUCGAGGGCAAACUUAACGAAAUAAUGUGAUCUCUGAAUUCGCCAAUUGAUUAUAUCGUUGAAAUUGAUGAAUCAUGGGAUAUGUGAUCAGAUCUCCGUUUGAGGAAUCUAACACCAGUGUUGUUUAAACCUGACACUGAUAUUCAUAAGAAUUCAGUUUCCACUGAGGGUAGAGCUACUUGGAACUCUUUUGGUAACAUUAGAAUAACAUCCGAGAUUAUCUCCAAAUUGAAAACUGCCAAGUUUCAUUUGGCAAAUUGGCCGUGUUACCUUAAAUAAUUAUUUUCUUAACAUUUUUGGGAUUCUGUAACUAAGUAACUAGGCUCACAGGAAACAUCACAAAGUGAACGCGUAAACGCACAUGUUAAGGUAAUAGUAUCCUCUCAGCUGUCAGAGUCAAGAUUGAAAAUGUCCCUAACUUAGAUAGUAUAUUGAGAUGUAGUUUCUUAUACAACCAAAUUAGCUUUGUUUUAAAAUUUUCGUGGCUGAACAAGCAAUGUUAUAACGCUGAUGAUGAUGAUCCCAAUAAUCAUCUAUCAUUAUUAUUGUGCUUAUUGUUUGUGCUUAGCAAGAACAACAGCCAAAAUAUGAGAACAGCUUCUACGCCUACUUCUAUUACGUCGUGUUCAUCAUCAUGGGUUCGUUUUUUAUCUUGAACCUCUUUAUUGGAGUCAUCAUUGAGAAUUUUAAUCGCCUCAAACAGCAGGUGAGUUUUUCUACAGCCGCUACAUUUCUUCCAUUGAAGUGUAAUGAAAGGCAAUUUAGUUGACUCAAGUAUUUAAGAGAAAUAUUAUUUAUGUUCAUCCUCCUCUUGAAAUCAUUUGAUUCCUAAGAAAAAAUUCUCUUUCAAGAAAAUGUUUCUUGGCGCAGUUUUAUCAUUUGAUCCGUGCGGCCCCGCGCGGCUCGGGCGUGCUUCUUUUGCAAAAUAUUCCAUGAAAUUCCCCGUUCGAGGGCCGUACGUGGUAGCGUGUGCAGGGCCAGACUCAUCGUGUUAUUUUUGUUUCAGUAUGAAGAUAGCGGGGCACUUGGAAUGUUUUUAACACCAGGGCAGAGAAACUGGGUGAACACACUCAAGAAGACUUACUACAGGAAACCCAAGAAACAGUUCAAGAGACCACAGGUUGGAAAACAUUUCCAACUUUUACAGCUGAUACAACCAUCGUAAAUGUCUUUGUCCUUAGCGUACUGAUGGAUAUCUAACAAUAACUAGUGAAGCUGUAAACAUUCGACUGACGAAUUCGAACAAAGUUCGAAUGACGUCCAGAAUUGUUUAGACAGCGUGGUAUGCAAGAUAAAUAGUCAUUUGAGGGGUUAUAUUAAGAUUCUAUAACCAAGCAGUGAAGAUCUGUCGCGCAGUUUUUUGAAUCAGUAAAUUCCUUUUAGUUCCUUGUGACACCUUUUAACUCUCUCUUUUGUCCUUAGAACAAGUUUCGAGCGUGGCUGUUCGACUUGAUCCUACAAAAGAAAUUUGAAGUGUUCAUCAUGUCUGUGAUUCUCGUCAACAUGGUCACAAUGAUGAUGGAACAUCACAACCAAUCGGAGAGUUUCACCGAUGCGCUCAAUAUCCUUUCAACUAAGUUUUACCAAAAAAAAUUUUUAUAUGAAAACAAAUAUAUUUAAUUCGAUCAAAACUUUGUAUCUUAUUGAGGAAUCAAGCCAUAGUGGAGAGAACAGGGAUGGUACCGUGAUUGGGGUGCUCAUAUCCCACCGCUGUUUCCUGGGUUCGAUUUGGGGUUCGUCUUUUCUUGCUUGCAGCGUUUUUUUUUGUUUUUUUUUUUUAGUUCUCCUGCAUUCCGCACUCUGCUCACAAAACCCCGUGGCACUCCUCGCGGUAGUGCCACUGCAGUAGUACUAUAGUAAAAUAGUUCCGUAAUCAGUGGUUGAAUAUUCCAACUUGUUUUCUCUAAAACGAAACAGAUCUAAAGUUCCCAUUCCAACAAACUUUAUUCCGUAUGUAGCGGAGCCCCAUACUAAGGUCUGUUCUUCUCCUUCUAUUUUUGAUAAAAUGAAGGCCACUUAUACAUCACUAACUAGAACUUUAACAUAACUAAUGUUAGGCUUGGCCUCACGAGCGAGAGCUAAUUCCUCGGCUUGUCUUAAUCACUAUUUUCCAAUCUUAUAUGUCACUGUUUAUUGUGAUGUUCUGCUUUGAAAGAGUUCUCCUUAACCAGAGCUCGAUUUUUGUUGCCGGGCCUUUACGAUAUUUGAACUAUAUCUUCACUGGGAUCUUCAUUAUAGAGGCAGUUAUAAGGCUGAUUGCAAUGCGGCUGGAUUACUUUAAAAUGGGUUGGAAUGUAUUUGAUUUCGUAAUAGUGGUUUUCUCCAUUGUUGGUAAGUUAUUAGUUUAUGAUUCUAAACUAGGCUUCUUUUAUAUCCGUUCCUUUAAUGGUAGUUUUCUUAAAUGUACUCUGUGUGCAAAAGAAGCGAACUAGUUUGAUACUUAGUUGUUCUAUCUUAUCCUUGGGUGAACUUUCCUUUCCGCCUGAAGAAGACUAGCUGUAUGCAGUCGAAACAUCGCGAUCCACAUUCGAAUUGACCACAUUAUGAGACAAACGAUUAUAUGUCUCUUUUGAAUUUCCCUAUUUAUCGAAGGCUGAUUAUCGUUGUCGGAAAUUAAGGAAACAGUUCGGCUUAAACCACACCAAGUUGCUGCGGUACGUGGCGCAGAAAAGGUUGUGUGAAAUACGUGAUCGUGAUCGCAAUUGUCUAACGUGCUGAGACGGCGUUCUACACAUCACUUAAAAACAGACUUGUUUAAAGGUUUUAAUUCUGUGGCUUUCUUUCAGGCAUCGUUGUCGAAGACGUGUUGAAAAAGGAAAUGAUCUUCUCACCAGGCUUACUACGAGUUGUCAGGGUCUUUAGACUGGGAAGACUGCUGCGAUUCUUUGAAGGUGCAAAAGGUGUUCGUCGAUUGCUGUUUACUCUGGUGAAAUCACUGCCCGGAUUGGUCAAUAUUGCUAUGUUGUUGGGCCUGAUUAUAUUCAUAUACGCCAUUAUUGGUAUGUCAUCGUUCGGUUAUGUCAAAAAGAGCAACGGCAUUACGGACGUGGUGAAUUUUGAAACGUUUGGAAACUCCAUGCUUUUGUUAUUUCGGGUUGGAACAGCCGCGGGUUGGAACACCAUCCUUGAUCCACUCAUGGUAUCUGAACCCGAUUGUGACCCGAAUUUGGAUAAUGGCGGACCCAAUGGAAACUGUGGAAAUCGCUUUCUUGCUGUGUUUUUCUUCGUUAGUUACAUUCUGAUUAUUUUCUUGAUAAUGAUAAACAUGUAUAUAGCUGUUAUUUUAGAAAAUUUCAAUGAGGCACAACAGCAAGAGGAGAUUGGUGUGACAGACGAUGAUCUAGAAACCUUUAUCCAGGUUUGGGAGGAGUUCGAUCCCAAAGCAACACAUUACAUUCAUGUCAAUCAACUGAGCGAUUUUCUAGCGGCUUUGGAACCGCCGCUUCAAGUUCCUAAACCAAACAGGCACCUCUUUGGUGAAUUACAGGUGCCUCUUAAAACUGGAUAUCGCAUCUAUCUCGUGGAUCUUAUGCAAGUUCUCGUAAGACGCACCAUGGGAGGUGUAGAAGGUCACGAAGAACAUGAGAUGGCCAUGUUAGUGGAUCGUUUGGAGGAGCGAUUCGCAAACAUGCGCAAAAAGGAAACUGACCUCAGGUCUCUUCCUGAGCAGCAUAAGUUUGAGAUUAAGGCGGCGGUGACAAUUCAAAAGGCCAUAAGGAUUUUCUUGCUAAAAAGAAGGCUGAGAGUCAGUAGGGGAGGAGCUUUUCAUGCAUAUGAUGAGCUGACUUCGGAGAAGGGCAAAGCUCGUGGGUGGAAGGAGAAACAAGUGGAAGACAACACUCGCGUGAUAGGUAUGCUGUGGCUAAGUCAAGCCAAGCGACACGAGGAAGAGUCAACCACAGAUGCACAAGAUGAAGAUGAGGAAAAUACUAAGGAUGAGGAAAAUACUAAGGAUGAGGAAAACACGGAGGACGAUUCUCCUACCGAAGUUACUGUUGUGGACCAAGAGAAACCUAAACCCUCCCCAAACACUCUGAGUGUUCAUUGUUAGCGAACAGGAGAAGGGUCACGGAACGGCAACACAACAACACUUGUCAAAAUCAUUCUUAUCACAAUUACUUGUAUGGUUGGUGAUUAGGAGCGUCACUUUUAGAAAUGCAAAGGGUUCAAAACGAAAUUAAUGCGACUCAAGUCGUUAAGCUUAUUGGAUCUUUUGCUAAACUGUUCACUGAAAAAAUGGAGGAACAGAGCAAGUUAAGCACUAUUGAAUGUUGCGUAUAUGCAGUGGUAAUGAAUGCCAGAUAAUGCCUCGUGGAGCCUGAGAUACUUGAUCAAUGAGAGGGACUCUACCUGGAAUAAUUAGUCGAUUGGGGCCCUCGCGGAGCUAUCUUGUUAUGCCCCCAUGACGGAACCUUUACAAGCGUGAAUCCGCUGUGCGGCAUGACAGUUGCUCCGCGGCUGCAUGUCGUAUAUUUUAUACGUUAAAAAUAACAGAAGGCCAAUGCCUUUGUAAAUAUUACUUAAAAAUAUUUUUGUUAUUAUUUGAUCGUAGCUGAAGGGAAGCAAUGCAUUUAGACGGUUAUUGCAUUUUUGCAGUGAGCCUCAAUCCUCUUUGAGGUUCUCGCUGAAUGAGAUUUGUCGAUGUUAUGUCCAGUUUUUAAGGUUAAUUUAGCUGACCGAAUUUAAACUAUCUAAAAAAAUCAAUUGUGUUUUUGUAUUGCACACCGCCUUGCUAAAUUAGGCGACGUAUUUCGCAAUUUUAAAUCAAUCAAUUAUUCCAGUUCAAAUUAAAAUAUUUGUGUAAGUUGAAUGAAUGCGAUAAUUCUUAUCUUAUUAUUAUGGUACUCUCCUUACUGAGGAGAAACUUUUUUGGCACAAAUAAUUAAAUUUCAGCUGCACUGCUGAAGGCAAUUUCUUGCUUUCUCUUUAUUGAGAGGGAAAGGUCAACGCCUAAUUUUUAGUUGAGUCAAAUUAGUAGAUAUUUUAUUGUGGAAUCAGCUGAUAACGUUAUCAGUGAGAUUACUGUUGUGUGCGGUUAAGCCUCGUUAUUCUAUGAGACACUUUGAUUCCUUAACCGUGAAAUACAAAGCAGCUUUGAUCAGACAAUGCUCUUUUAAAAAACUUGUUGAAAUAAGUUCUGAUAGAGCUUACUUUUUGUUUAUGUCUCAGAUCGGUUCUAAGGCGACAACAUUUGAUAUUCUGUGGUUGUCUUUACGGCGCUUUUAACUUACUAUUUAUACAUUUAUUGAGGCUUCGAUUUGCACAACAUUUAUCUCUGGUACAAGGUUAGCAAAAAUAGAGCAGGACCGUAAAAGAUCAGUUCAUCGUGUCUAGUAUUAAAAUUUCCAUUUUCUCUAUUUUGAAUUAAUAAUUAUUUAAAAAUAAUGUUGAUAUUUUUGUUCUCUUACGGUACGUUAAGCUUGCUCCAGUGCUAAAGCGUAGUUAUGUAAAUAUAAGAUUGUGCCAAGGUGUUAUGGUAACUUAUUGCCGGUGAAACGGUUAGUUAUGGACUGGUUUGACUGGGUAAGAAUGCGGAUCAGCGACCUUUGUUCGAGGGCUCAAGUCCUUUAUCAACAAUACAAUAUACUUAUUGUUCGCUAGUGACAAGUGAAAGUUAAAUUUCACAAGAAUUUAUUAAGAUAGCUUUUUAUACUUUUGUUUUCGUUUUAAAGUUGAUAUCUCCGCGUAAUUGACAAAUGUUUAUCACAAAAUUCACCCGCGGAGAUACGUUUUUUUGUAUUAAAGAUAGCGUUAUUGAGAAUGUGAAGGCUCGCUUAAAAUGUGGCGCUUUCCAGCUUGCAGUUGUUGAAAAUAACAAACCACAGUCUGGACCGUAAACUUUAUCAAAUCACGAAAACGCACCACAAGGAACAUUGCAUUGAAAUAAAUAGGCUUAUUACCAAAUUUGUGACAAUUUUCAGCAAUAAAUUGCAGAAAAUAUUUCAGCUAACUUAUUUAUUUUGAUGUAAUAGGCAAUCUUGUGUUGGAGUUUCUACUAUGAUUUGAUUAGAUUUACAAAGGGCGAGGUUUUGCUUAAUAUCUUAAACAGAAAAGGCCAAAUGAUUUGGCAACUUAUUUAUGUCAAAAUUUUCCCAAAUUCGCCACUACAAAAAAAAUUUAUUCCGUUACGAGGAAGCACUAGUGGGAUCUUUUUGGUUCGUUUUCACCGAGAUUUUUGUAAGUACAAAUUUUAUACGUCAAAACCAUUAAACUCUGCGAACAC